UAGAUUGGAUAAGUACGUACGCACGCAGGUAGCUAGGCGGAUGACACGGGAUGGACGGGUAGAGGUUGAUAGAUGGACCGAUGGGCGGAUCGACGGCAACGCCGAAACGGACGGGACGGACAGAUAAAUAUGGGCAAUUGGCAGAACGGAAAGACGGAUUUCGCAGAUACGAACGUAACAGAAUGCGGAUGAAUGGAUUGGCCGGCGCGAUGUGGCCUGGAGUAUUACCGUUACUGGUGUUACUAGCGGUCCUGCUACAUCCAUCGAGAUGUACGCAGACGCAGACGCAGACGAAGACGCAGGCGAAGGUGAACUUUCGGGAGAAGGAGAAGCAAGUGCUCGACAACAUCCUAGGGCCAGGCCGGUACGAUGCCCGCAUCCGGCCGAGCGGGGAGAACGGAACAGAUGGGCCGGCCAUUGUCCGGGUAAACCUGUUUGUGCGAAGCAUUGCGACAAUUAGUGACAUCAAGAUGGAAUACUCCGUACAAUUAACAUUUCGGGAACAAUGGUUGGAUGAGAGAUUAAAGUUUAAUGACUUUGGAGGUCGACUUAAAUAUUUAACUCUUACGGAGGCGUCGAGGGUUUGGAUGCCGGAUCUGUUUUUCUCGAAUGAAAAGGAGGGUCAUUUCCAUAACAUCAUUAUGCCCAACGUAUAUAUACGAAUUUUCCCGAACGGCUCGGUUCUUUACAGCAUACGGAUAUCCUUAACGCUCUCCUGUCCCAUGAAUCUGAAACUGUAUCCCCUGGAUCGACAAGUUUGCUCACUUCGUAUGGCUAGUUACGGAUGGACGACGAACGACUUGGUCUUUCUCUGGAAGGAAGGCGAUCCCGUUCAAGUGGUCAAGAAUUUACAUCUACCCAGAUUCACCCUGGAGAAAUUUCUCACGGAUUAUUGCAAUAGUAAAACGAACACCGGAGAGUACAGUUGCUUGAAAGUGGACCUGCUAUUCAAGAGGGAAUUCAGCUACUAUCUCAUCCAAAUCUACAUCCCGUGCUGCAUGCUCGUUAUCGUGUCCUGGGUGUCUUUCUGGCUGGAUCAGAGCGCCGUGCCUGCCCGAGUGUCACUAGGCGUUACGACACUACUGACGAUGGCCACGCAGACAUCAGGGAUAAAUGCCUCACUGCCACCGGUCUCUUAUACCAAGGCCAUUGACGUUUGGACGGGGGUGUGCUUGACCUUCGUGUUCGGUGCUCUACUCGAAUUCGCGUUGGUCAACUACGCGUCGCGCAGCGACAUGCAUAGCGACAACAUAAAGAAGCAGUUUCCACCGAGCGAAAUGGAACAUUCGUCGUCGAUCGACCCAUCCUCAGAGCUGCUCGAGCCGGACGGAUCCGCCAACUUCGCCAUGCGUCAUCAGCGUGCCGGCGAUAAUCAGACGAUAUCGCAGCAUCAUUCGCUGCCACGUAUAUAUCAGCAGGAUCAUCAUCAUCAUCAGCAGCAGCAGCAUCACCAGUCGCAUCGUCAUCAGCGUUACCAUCCGGAUCGCUCGCCGUCGCCGUCUUUCUCGCCGUUGAACGACGAAGAUUGCGUCACCGGCCGGUGCUCCCCGAUGCGGGCACCGCGACACCAUUCGCACAGGAGUUCAGCGAGGUCGUCGCCAUCGCCGUCGCGAUGGCCCUCGCCGGCCUCCUCGGCAUCGCCGUUGGGCACGCCGUCACGCACUAUGUCGCGCGCCGCGACGCCCUCACCGCCGAUCGCUGCGCCGGUGUCAACCACGGUGCCACCGCCCGCACCAGCGACGGUAUCGUCGCGAACAGGUUGCUGGGAGGUAUCACGCAAACUGCUCACCUGCCGUGCCCAGGGCAGCGCAAGGAUUGAUAUCUUCGCGCGCGUUGCCUUCCCUCUCAUGUUCAUUCUCUUCAACUUCGCGUACUGGUCUAUUUAUCUGUUUCGCGGCGAUGAUAACGUGAGCAUAAAGAAGUGAGGAAGGAGAAGAGGAAAGUGUAAUGAAAUCAGAAUGACGUGUACGAAGCCAAAUCGGAUCCUUGAAGAGAUAGCUCCAGACAACUUUGCAAAAUUUUCGAUGUUUUAAAAAAGUCUUUGACAUCAAUGAGAUUGCAGUCAAGUCGCAUUUACUCGAUAAGGAUCGAUCAGAGGCAUUUUGACGAAAAGAGAUUCCUCUACUGCCCGCGCCCGAAAUGAAAAUAUUCCAGGACGAGGAUCAUCCAAGGCGCAACGAGGAUGUUAGCGAUGCUCGGUAGAUAUCUUAUGACGGUGGGUAAAAAACGAUGAGGACGAUAAAAUGUAACACAUUACCCGAGCGUACUUAACACAUUUAAUACACGUACACACACGCACACCGUACCUUAUGACCCGCUCGGAAGACCGCGUGCCACAGACUGAACUGAAAGCGUAGUGGGCCCUGUAUAGCCACGGCCUGUUAACAAUUUAAAAAAAAAGCGUAAAAUUUAUAAGUAUAAUUAUAUCUACGUUGCGCGAAAUGACGUGUCAUCAAGCGAGCGAGCUCUCGUUCGUCGACGCGCAGGCUGCGGACGCGUCCGUCGUUGCGAAUUGACGUCGGACGGUUCCGAAUUCGGUAAAUAUUAUCAUAAAACGGGGUAAAAUAAUAAUCCGCGACAUUUCGCGGUAACGACGAUCACGCUCCGAUUUCUUCGCAAAACGAUAGGCGCAUCGGUAAUGUUUGUACAGGAGAUGUUUCGUUGUCGUUUCACAAAGAAUACGGAGCGGUCUGCAUUACUUCGCUGUGUCACGUGUUGCCCCUUCUUAAGGCUGCACAGGGGGAUUGACCGGAAUGUUUGACGCUGCAAAAUAUUGGGAGAUAUAUCUAUAGAAGUGUCGAAUGUUCCGAUAGUUUUCCGAGUGUACAAUAGCCUGCUGGUAUGAGCUGGCAAGUUUAUCAACUCUAGCGGUGCCAAGGAGCUUCAAAAGUCCACGUAUUUUUUAGUUAUUGUAUUUUUUAUCUAUUUAUUUCGUAUAAUUUAUAAAAGAAGGAUAUGAAGCAAAAAAAAAAAAACAGUUGUCGCGAAGUAUAAAAUUGAAUCUGGAAGACUAACUGUUGUAAUCUCACGUUUAAUAUCAGUGAAAAUUUUGGAGCCAUCUGUUCCUUCAUCACUGAUAACGUAGACGAGAGACGCCUUGGUAUCGCUAAUUUUAAUCCUUAUCUGGGCGAUUCUUUUCCCGUCUUUAAGAAGAAAAAGCUAGAAUACGCUUUUGCCGAAACGAUUAUUUAGCGUAAAGUAUCAACGAAUUGAAAAUUCAUAAUAUUUUAGGCAAAUUGUGGAGCAACAGUGAAUUAAUGUAAAGGAUUUAUUUUUUUUACGAAAAUAAUUCGAAGCCCGGAUAAAGAUUAACGUGCAGACGCGAAUGCGAGCCGAGGGCGAGCGCGGACUCGCGAUACAAAAUACCGGCUAAGCAGUCGCGUCGCGCGCAAUUCGCGGAUAAUGUAUUUCCUUUUUCCGCUGCCCCGGGUCGGUCGGCUAGAAGAGGAGAAGAGAUAUCCGGCUCGGGACUCUCACACGUAUAUUGCUCAGAAGAGAUCGGCGACGCCGUGCGUGAAAAUUUACCCCCGUCGACUUAUUAUUCUACUCGUCGCGAGGAAUUGCGGUGUCGUCGACCUCGCGAACGGAACGAGGAGAUGACGCGCAGAACGUGCUCACAGAAAAGAAAAAACGUAAGAAAGAAAGAAAGCGCGAUGCGGACGAUAAUUGUAUUUUUUGAAACUCGACGGGAGACGCUACCCUCAAGCGAAAGACGACACAGCGACCCCAGCAAGCCUCGACGAGAACACCUUCCGUUACGUAUUCGGUGAUUAACGAGGAAACAGGAGGGACAUGCGUGAUCGGACAUGUCAUUUCCCACGUGUGUUAUUUCUCUGAAGAAUCACAUCCCUAAUCUCGAUUCCAGAAGAUUGUCGGGGGAAUAACUCGUCCCCGACUGAUAAUUUGCAAUGAACGGAGAUUCACGCGUGUCCGAUCUGCAUCUCUCCGUUUCUCCCCGUUCGUGUAUCUUCCUUUUACUUCGUGCAAUCGAUACCAUGCGUGUGCGUAAGAAGAAGUAAUUAUUUCGCGGAUUCGACAAUCCGCUCGCGACGUCGGCUAGUACAUCUCGCGCCCUUGUAGGAUUGCGUGUUGUACUCGGAGGCAGAUAAACUCAUCUACUUUCUACAAUUACCAUUGUUCGUGUGAUAAAUAUCGUGCGAUUUAAUAUCAAUGUCGUUAUUCCAAGAUUCGAUAUUGUUUUUUUAAAACGAAAGAUGCAUCUGUGUCUGGGUAUAACAAGCCUUUGGGAUCACGCAUAUGAAACGAAAAGUAUCUUUAUGAAAGCGGAAAAAUCGUCGUAAAUGCAGAUACAAAUGUCAUUAACGGUGACUGUUUUUUUAUAACGAAUCGCCGCACUUUUCGAAAAUAUUAUCGUAAAAGUAUAAGGGAUAUUAAACUGCGAGAGUUUAUAUUUACGUCACACGAUUCAAGUAAAAAUUAUAUUCCUAAGUAUUAUUUAGGAAGAUCUCUUUAAAUCCUGGAGAAAUAAAAUCGAAUAAUCACGAGAAUUAUUUCCGGUAGCCGAAAAAUAUCUACAUACGCAACGAUACGAAAAUCUUGCGUUAAAACUUUUCAGAAAGGAAGCUAGUUUCCCGCCGUUAUAACAAUAGUACAUCUUAUCGCGUAUUAAUCAUCAUUUUUCUCAAUUCAACAAACUCAAUGAUUGGAAAAAUCGAACAAAAUUAAUCUUCAACGGAUGAAUACUGUAAUCUCUCGACUCGUAAAUUCAUUGUUUCGCGCAAAAACUAACGGUACAUAUUUGCAAAUCGAGAUGUAUGUUAGAAUCGGAAUCGAUUGUGUGGAAUAUCUGCGCCGCUUCACGCAUGUAAUUUAAGUAGAAUAAUGAUCGUGCAUACACCGUUAGCAAUAAUCAGAGGGGACUUGAUUUUUAUUCUUUUGCUCGGAUUUUUUGAAUAUUCUUCUUAUAUAGAAUAAUUAGAUCGUAGGCGUGGUAUAGACGAGAGCGAUCGUCAUCUUCGUUUCUCUAUCUUGUCCUUACGUUUCAAAUUCUGCUCCAUGUCCGUCUAUACCGUAGCUUAAAUAUGAUACGCGGAGACUGUCGUUGUUUGCGCGUAAUAAUCCGGUAUAUUACUGGCUUCCGCGUGAGCCGAGAGUGGACGACAUCGUAUAUAUUUAAGGGAUGUCUCUCUCUAUACGUGUUAGAGACACGAAGGGACACAAAGCCAGUAUUUACGAAACGAUUACACGUAGAGAUCUAUGUAUAUAUAUAUAGUACAACGGUUAUCGAAUCUCUCGAUAGCAUAUAGAUUCGCGCGCACGUUUAUUAGCGAAUCUCGUGGAUGCUCGAUGCAUUGAGCGGUCCGAAUUGACAGACUUAAAUCGUCGCGGAAUCUUUCACAGCUACAGGCUAGUAGAUCACUUGAAAUUUUCCGCAUCUUUUUAAUCAACACAAUAUAAUAAAAAUGUGAUUUCGCAUCGUGCUCCAAGAUACUUCGCUUCCUUUUUUUUGCGCGCGCGGAAAAUCACGAGAAAAUACGACCGAGAGAUUAUAUGUAUUAUCUCGAUAUAAAAGAUAUUACAAAUCACUCCAAAAAAUUACUCUUGUGCUUUAUAACGAUCUCUUGGCAACAUAAGAGAGCAAUCGUAGAAUCUACACAGAUAGUUUGACAAUAGAGUCAUGUAAUAACAAGCAGCGCAAGAAAUUGUUUUUCUUCGAAAAAUUCUUUUUUUUCCUUAAUUUUUCCGGCUUCAUGAUUGCAUAUCGUGAAAUCGAAAAGAUAUGAAAAAUCGAUGACAUUUUUAGCCUUUAAUUUGAGCGAUCGAGCAAUUGCUUCCAAUGUUUUGUCUCGUCUCCCAUCAUCGAUUCGCUUCCUUUUUGGAAGCCAUUGGCUCUUUAAGAUUAGACUUCCGGAUAUUUUAGCAGUUGCGGACAAUUGACUGACGUUUAAUUAUAGAUAUCAUUGAAUCUGCUACACGCACGCGCCGGCACGCGUCACCGGAUCAUGUACCCUCCUCGAUUCUAAGUCGUAAAUGUAACGCUAAAAAGCAAAACCUUCGAGAUAAAAAGUCCGAGAGAUAUAACGCGAAUUGAGGAGAUUACUUCCGGUGACCAGAAGUUAGGGACGACCGUGUAAAACUUCACCCUCACACUUUUGUCACUCGCUUGCUUGGAGUCACUCGAGUCCAGGCGAGAUCGAUUCGCACACCGAAAAAGAACACAUAGCGUCUCACACACAUAAGUACACACAUAUACAUGAAUAUAUGACCCUUGCACGAGAUAUGAAGUACGAGAGAUCCCAUUGUAUCGCAAAUAUAAUUAUAAACGCGCCACACACAUAGCUCUCUCCCACGUCCGAAGACACACCUAAAGGGUUUAAUGUUAUUGUUAUAUGCGUACGUUGUAAUAUAUGUGAACGAAGCAUGCUGAGCCCUCUGUAAAAACAAAAUAAAUCCCUCCUUUAUCCCCAAAAAUUCAUGCGAGGAGCUUGUUAAACACACAUAUACACAAACGCACCUACAAUGUGCGUAUCUCACGGGAAAUUCUGACGUUAUACCGCGCACGUUUACAUUGCGAAGACACAAAAAAAAAUCGCACUUUAACGUUAACAUUACGAUUAGUGGGACAUCGGUAUCAUUUUUUUCUUACAAUCACGGACGAAUGACAAGCGAGUCUUGCGCGGUCUCGACCGAAAAUACGAUGCAUCUCUGAUGAGUCCUAUCUUUAGGAUUCUUGAAUUGAGAGAACGAGAGAGGCGCGGUAAAUUUUUAUAAAGAUCGUGUUAUGAUAUUCUAACUCUAAAAUAUGCGAUUGUUAUAAUUAAAUGCAUAGAAAUUUCUUGCGCCUCUUUCUAUCGAUUCAAAGGUGUCUCGAAAUUUUGGUUGAAGCUGUCGAGGAUUUUCUUCGCCGUAAUCGCGAUCGAGUCACGAUCACCGUCUCAAUUAAUCCCCUAUAAAAUCGCGCUCGCGUCCUGGAUAAAUAUCGACGAGCGGAUAUUAAACGUUGUCCAUAAUAAUCGUAAGAAUCGUGUCCUCCCUUGGCGAAAGAGAGCAUAAUCGACUCUCGAGCGAGCACGCGUCGAGAAAGAAAAUAUUGCAUGUUUGUGAUUCGUGAGUGCAAAAGCACGAUAUUCCAAGAUGUGUAACAUAAUAAAUUUGUAUCGUGGCGCAUAGUCCGAUAAAAAAAAAAGAAGGGAUCUUUUCCAGCGUGAAACUCAUUAGAUCGUCAAUUACACCGGUGUACAUCUUAUAUUGGUUGAAUAAUAACUAUUCUUGUCAACAAAGUAUCACACGUGUGGCCGGAAUCGGUCACCAGAGAAUGUGAAGCGAACAUCGGUGCAUAUUAGGCUGAGAAAACAACAAACAGAAUCGGUAUUCUAAAAUUACCGUAAGACCUUUAAACAUUAUCACUGUGUGUAUAAUUAAGAUAUAUAAAUUAAAUUAAACAGAACGGGGGCGAAAAAUCGAUCCUA